GCGGAAGACGGAGACUCGGGAUCGAACAGCAAACUUACCUACCGGCUUGAGGGAGGGGGAAAAUGGUCCGGUCAUUUCUCCAUCAACCGAGAUACAGGCGAGAUCCGCGUCAAGAAGCCAGUCUCGAUGGAGCUCACAGAAGGAGCUGGCUCGGAUCGAGAUCCUCGCCGGCUGCCGCACAGCGAACCACUGUCAUUUGAAAAGAGCGGCAGUGACCGGGUGGAAGGCAGGAUAGAGCUGAAAGUCAAGGUCCAUGAUGAUGGUGAACCGCAGCUGUUCAGCGAAGUACCAGUACACAUCUACAGAAAAGACCGGGUCGAAACCAUCAUGACGUUUCUAGUGAAACAGGAUGUGGACAGCGUCAAUCGAAAUCUGGCGGAUGUGGAGAAACAGCUGUCUGUCUUUACUGGAGGUACCGCUGAAAUCACCGAUAUCCAGCCAUACAAACAGGACAGCGACCAAAACAGUGGGCAACAAAGGGCUGAGCAGACGGUGAUCACGGCCCGUGUGACCCGUCCUUAUGGUGCCAUCUUCAACACCACGGGACUGAACGGAGGGACUACUAGCGAUGGAGGGGACAACGGUAGCAACUCUGGGCCCGUGGUCCAGGCAACCGUGGACAAUGUGUGGUUCUGGCUCUUGAUUGUCCUGGCUCUGCUCAUCCUUCUGGCGAUCAUAAUUGGCUGCUGCUGCUACAACUGUGCCUUCUGCUACACCUGCUGCCCGCUACUUAGUUGCUACAAAAAGAAGGAAGCCAAGGACUACGACGAAGAGGCCGUGGCCUAUGUCGGUAUUGAGAAUAGCCAAAGAGUGAGGAGCCAGGGCGGUCGAAGUGGCCGAGUCCUUCGACAGAUGAGGAGGGCGGUGUCUGGAAACGCGCAGCGAGUGAGAUCAGCAGCUAACGCCUGGCCUAACGGACAAUACCGAACGCAGCCAAACGGCCGGCGAAACUCUCACUCUUCCACACUCCGCCUGAUGGAAGCGCCUGCCGACGAGCCGGGCCGAGAGAACGUGUUGCUGGCGCGCCACGAGAUGGAGGACGAAAUGGCGCGACACGUGGCGCUACAGAACGCACGUGGCGCACGUGAUAAUCAGAUUAUCCUCGUGCCGAAUGAGAUUGGGAGUCUUCAUCGGACGAAUUCUAGAGCAUCCAGGGGCGGUCCCAAGAUGUACCGGGUGAUGGGUGGCGAUCGACCGAUGCUGGUACGCGCUGCCGAGGGGGACGAGGUCGGUUACCAACUGGAGGACCUGGAAGAUGAAGAGCUGCAGCGGUUAGAAAUGGAGAGACAGUCGGUCAUACUGCCACAGGCGCGACGGUCACCUUCGGUUGAGGUGCUGACCUUGAACGACAACAGCGGACGAGACGCCGAGUACCGUCACCAUGGCAACAGCGAGACGCUCCGACUGCAUACCUCCGCCCGUCCCAGGCGUAGAGAGGUCUAUAUAGAUGAGGACGGCAACGAAAUCGAACGCCCCACCUACCGUGGUCGUCCGAGAGACGACACUGAUAUCCAAUACGGCUCCGGUCGACUGAGACUCGGUGACCGAACCCCUGGAAAAGACAGACACCACCGGACUCGGAGCGAGGUCCUCGUGCUUCACGAAGAGGAUGGAGAAGAGGAGGAAGAGCAAGAUGGCCGACGGGGGAUGGGCGAGGGCGGUGGGAAGGCUAUGUUGAUGCAGCGCUUCAUCGGGAGAGAUGGUGCAGGGUGA